UGCUGCUCUUCUGAUGCAAUGGUAGACAGGAACAUCAGAUCCAUGAAAUUUGAAAAAUAGCAAUAAUGGAGUCUACUAAAGAUUUGACGGAACUGCGAAAAGCAGUUGUGGCAGGUUUGCGGAGAAAUCCGACUCGUCCUUGCUCAUUGGAUAUAGCCUUGGAAACAUUGCAAUUUUUGCGCAAAGUCAUACUGUAUGAGAAGUAUGAGACGAUCACUGACCUGCUCACUGCUUUGAAUAGCCAUGGCCGGUGGAUUUGUGCUAUGGUUCCUACUGAACUAGUCAUACGUAAUGUUCUGAUGAUGGUCGCGAAGUUAGCACGAGAGGAAAGCUCACGAGAUUCAGGUGAAGCUAUAUCUGCAUUUGACUCACUGAAUAAGCUAUGGUCAAAAAAUGAGGAUAACAUCAAUGCUGCUAGCGGAAAGAAGAUGAAGAAAGGAUUGAUCCAAGCAAUAAAUGAGGUAUCAUCCGAAAUGUCCUUGUCAUGUGAGAAUAUCGCAGCUCGAGCUGCUGAUCUCGUAAAUCCACAAGAUGUUCUGAUAGUUCAUCAUCUUAGCGAGUCUCCGACUUUAUCAGCGUUUCUUGCAUCUGCAAGGCUUACAAGAAAACAUAGAGUCUUGAGUGUCGUACAAAGCAGUGAGUUUGACUCUACUCCAGAAUUCGCUACUCCCAUACAAUUAUGUGAUGUCGGAAGCAAGAUGUGCGAGGCUACUAAGGUAUUAUUGCCUGGUGCUGCUGUCUUCCCUGAUGGAUCGUGCCUUGUGCCCGCUGGAGGGUUAUCAAUUUGCCUGUCAGCUCAGCGACACUCAGUUCCUGUGUAUAUCCUUGCAGCCUUCUAUAAAAUUACCCCAUUCUUUGUCCCCGACCCUAUGAUGGUAAAUCCGAAUAAAGCGCCAGGCGUUGGAUUCUCCCAUGCACUCUGUUUUUCUGGUCUCGUUGAAGUGCCUCGGCCAACUUUCGACCAUAUUCCGGCUUCUCUUGUUACACUCUACAUAUCAAAUUCUGCAUGCAUAUUACCGUCUCAUGUUUACAGGCUUAUUGGCGACUACUAUCAUCCCGAAGACGUCACGGAGUCUUGAUUUUUUUUCUUGCGAUAAUAUUGUUGGUUGGUUUUGUCUGUUAAUAGGGGGAGAAGAUGAUAAAAUAUAUUCAC